UGCAAAUAUCUGUCAAUUCUUAGGUAGUUUGUCAUCAAUUUAUUGAUAUAUCAAAAAUAAGAUUAAAAAAGUUUUGUCGUUUAGUUCAAGUUACACAUCGCAUAAUUCUUUGACGUUUCAAAAUUAAUUGUGAUGGGAAACGAAAUGUCAUCCACUGCCAUGGAGAAACACCUUUUCAAUUUAAAAUUCGCUGUGAAGGAAUUAGAAAGAAACUCAAAACGAUGUGACAAAGAAGAGAAACAGGAGAAAGCUAAAACAAAACAAGCUAUUCAGAAAGGAAACAUGGAAGUAGCACGAAUUCAUGCUGAAAACGCUAUACGUCAAAAGAAUCAAGCCUUAAACUACUUACGAAUGUCUGCUAGGGUAGAUGCAGUCGCUAGUAAAGUCCAAUCAGCCCUUACGACAAGAAAGGUUACAAAUUCCAUGGCAGGUGUAGUUAAAGCUAUGGAUGCUGCGAUGAAGAGUAUGAAUUUGGAGAAAAUUUCCAAUGUUAUGGAUAAGUUUGAGCAGCAAUUUGAGGAUCUUGGCGUACAAACAGAUGUUUUGGAAAAUACUAUGGGACAGACUACUACCACUCUUAUACCUCAAAAUGAUGUUGAUUCGCUUAUGCAGCAAGUUGCCGAUGAAGCUGGUUUGGAGUUGAAUAUGGAACUUCCAGAAGGACCUCAAGGUGGUACUAUAGGAACAACUACACAAGUGUCUCAAGAGCAAGAUGAGUUAACUCAGCGGUUAGCUAGACUCCGACAAACAGAAUAAUUGUAAUGGAUGUUGACGGAGAGAUCUUGUGAUAUAGUUUUUAUUCCCAUAACACAAUAGUGUCUUAAGGAGCUUUUUGUUUAUAUUUUAGAUAUUUGCUUAUAGUUUACUACUUCUAAGUGUAUUAUUGUACAGUGAAUGUUUUUCUAUUUAAGUUUAAUAUAUGUUUCCAUUAUCUAAUAUUCUUCUUUAAUAACCAUCAUAAUUUAACAUGUGUCAAAAUGUCAGUGGGUUAUGUUAUUCGAAAUAAUGGAUAAUAGGUGACUAUCAUAAAAAACGCCCCAUUUAAUAUUUUUUGUAUAUUGUUAUAACAUAGAAUAAAUAUUAUAAGGCUUAAAA